AUGUCAUUUGAAAGUUAUGACUGGAGUGAUAUUGUUCCAAUUGAACAAGACGAUGGGCCUGAGCCACUUGCCCAAAUAGCAUAUGAUCCAGAAUAUUCAAAAGCUAUGGGCUAUUUUCGCGCGGUUGCCCAGAAGAAUGAACAUAGCGAAAGAGCUUUAACUCUCACAGAAAAGAUAAUUGAACAUAAUCCUGCUCAUUACACUAUUUGGCACUACCGCCAGCAAAUUCUACUCUCUUUGGGUAAAGAUUUAUAUGAAGAAUUGGAUUUUAUUCAGAAACAAGUUGAGCAAAAUCCAAAGAAUUACCAACUUUGGCACCAUCGGCAGGUAAUUGUCGAAAAUCUUAAGGAUUGCUCUCUUGAGUUAUCAUUCACCGAAGAGGUUUUGAACGAUGAUUCAAAGAAUUAUCAUGCCUGGACUUAUAGAACUUUUAAUCUUUGGGAUAAUGAACUAUCCUUUGUCGAAAAAUUGAUAGAAAAGGAUAUACGAAAUAAUUCUGCAUGGAACCAGAGAUAUUUUGCAAUCUUUUAUAAUCCUACCAAACCUAGUGAAGAAUUUUUAAAGACAGAGGUUGAAUAUGGUAUAUCCAAAAUUAAAUUGGCCCCUAAUAAUAUCAGUCCAUGGAAUUAUGUUAAAGGUGUCAUCGCAAAGUCUAGCAUGGAAAUUACUGUAUUGGAAGAGCUUUGUAAAACAUAUUCCCAGUCAGAUCCUAUAUCACCACAUGCACUUGGAUGUCUUGUCGACAUUUAUGAAGAUCAUGUUAAACGUGGUUUGACUGAUAAAAAAGAAUUAGGAAUUAAGCUUCAAGAUAUAUCACUAAAUGCUUUUACAGACUUAUUGUAA